AUGAAGUCCGAGGAAAAACUUCAAAAGAAAAACGCAUCGAAGUCUGAAAUGUCCUCUCUUCCGGUUGACGCGCUCGAUCCUGCUGUAAGGGAUUCCAUCGCGAAAAGACUACUGAUUCGCAACAUGUGCUCUGUUAAGGUGGAAAACUUGCCCAAGCACUAUAAUUAUUCUACCAUACUGGAACUAGCGCCGGAAAUGUCGUCAUGCCGGAUAUUAUACGAUCCAGUCUCGCGAAGACCAAAAAGAUUCGCAUUCAUCGAGUUUCCUUCCAAAGAUAUUGCGUCGAAGUGUCUUAUUCGCCUUAAUAACAAGAACUUUGGAGGAAAGCUGCUCAAUGUUUCUCUUGGGGGCGAACUAUCGGAGUCCGUUGGUGAGUUGCUCAUAUUCUUCAGUUUGCUUGUCGGCUUGACCGUUUACGGUUUGAAAAAAUCUUCAAGCGAGUCCGAUUUGCGUGCGUUGUUCCCACAAGCAAGUGAGAUCAAAAUGUUUCCACUUGGUGGCUUCGCCUUUCUCCGUUAUGAUGUUGCCGAUGACUGCAUACUUGAUAAAAAGAACGCGCUCGGCGCCAGCCUUAAGCAAAGAAAGUUGAAGGUCGUUUUCAAGUUUGCAAGUGAAGCUCCCUCAGCGGCGAACUCGGAUUCGACCGUCGUGGAUAAACAGUGCCAUUCCCUUGUUUGCGUGACGAAUCUUGACAGAUCCACGACAGCAGAUCAGAUAUCGAAGCUAUUUAGUGGCGCAAAAAUUGUUAGCAUGCCGAAAAAGGGAAAGUUGCACAAAGGAUGCCGAUGCGGUUCCACGGUGAUCUUUUUAUUUCCGCAGGUUGAGUGCGCAGCAAUCCAGGCUUUAACCAACAGAGUUGGUGGGAAGCUGCAGGGAAAAGGUGUUUUCUCUUCUGAAGUGAUUGCGUGCCUGCAUCCUCGACACUCAAUUAAGGAAGCAUUAGUUACGUUUGGCGUUCGAAGCACUACCACGAGAGUGUUGCUUGCUUUCCUCGGAACACCAAAUGUCAGCGUUCCUAACUACACAGAGAUACUUCAUCUGGUGUCCGGCGAUCCCGCCGAACUGUCCACUUUGUACCAGUCAUGUAACAGAGAGAAGGUUGCACAGAUUUACGGUAUAUGCAGUACGGAAUUCCAGAAAUUUGGAAACGAGGAAAAUGCCUACAUACUUAGUAUCUUAACCAGGAUGUCUGCUAGCUUGUUGGUACGAUAA